GGACCUACUUUGACCCUUGCUUAUCGGUGAACGAAAGGUUUAUAGGUAGCAUGUAAUCGUUUACCUGGUAACAGAAAGGCAACGCACUGGGUAAACACCGCAGCUCGAGGCAGAGAACAGUGACAUAAGGUGAUAUCACUGCCUCUCCCUGAUUUGCGUCUUUGCCAAGUAGUCGGGUUACGCUUUACCACACAUGGGACAGCGGGGAUCGAGACCCCAACCCGAGGCCCGAGUUCUCCUAUUGGGUCUCGACUCAGCGGGGAAAUCAACCCUUCUUUACAAACUGAAAUAUAACGAAUCGGUCAAUACCGUUCCCACCAUCGGUUUCAAUGUGGAGAUGAUAGAAGCCAAGAAGAAGAGGGAGACAGUUGCUCUGACCGUGUGGGACGUGGGCGGCCAGAAUACAAUGAGGCACUACUGGAAGAGCUUCUAUCAGGACACUGCUGGACUGGUGUUCGUGGUGGACAGCUCCAACAGGCGCCGGUUGGACGAGGCCCGGCGGGAACUAGAUCACGCCCUGAGGAGUGAAUUCUUACAGGGUCUGCCUGUGGUCAUCCUCGCCAACAAGCAGGACCUUCCCGAGGCCGUGUCCGUCACGGAGAUAACGGAGCGCUUUCACCUGAGGACGAUGAGCGCUGAGCGGGACUGGUUCGUUCAGCCCUGCUCUGCUGUGACCGGUGCUGGGCUUAUAGAGGGCUUCCAAAAGGUGGCAAACCUGCUCAAACUACCAUCAGAGGACGUUCAAGACAAUAUUAAAGAGACAGUGCAGUAUCUACGAUCAAAAUCAGUCACGUCAAUGGGUUUGUAAUGUUUGCAAUGAUAGGAUAUGUCAAAAGUUAUUGCCAAAUGAUAAUUUGUUUUUAUUGUUUACGGAUGAAGAUCACAUUUCACUAUGAUCAAUUUGUUUCUUUAAAAGGUUGUCACAGUACAAUAGACUACAUGGAAACGAAAUCAAUCCACGAAGCUAUUCAAUUGACUUUAAAUCAGCCUAUGACAUUUUUUCCAACUAAGUUUAAUACGUUUGUAUCAGAUUAUUUCCUCUGAUAAAUAUGGUCAUAAAUAAUGUUAAAUCGCCUAUAGGCCUAAUAAUUAACAUGUCAUUGUGGACUUUGGGGAGCAAUGCGUAAAAACGCACCCCAAAUGGUCAAAUUCACUUUUCAUAUUUUAUGUAGACCUAUAACCUAAUAUAUAUACACGUCUUGUAUCUAAUAAAAUGUCUUCCCUACAUGCUA